AUGGAGGUAAUGUUGGCCAAUAUCUGGCGUCAACUGCUUGGCAUUGAUCGAGUUAGCCGACAUGACAAUUUCUUUGCGCUGGGUGGUCAUUCUUUGUUGAUCGUACGGAUGUUAGCACAUUUGAGACAAAUCGGACUGGAUACUACCGUACGAGAAGUAUUUGGUGCUCCAACGCUGGCCACGUUGGCCUUGAAUAUUGAUCGUUAUCAGAUAGUCCCAGUUCCACCCAAUCUUAUCACUACAAACAGUACAGGGAUUACUCCAGAAAUGUUACCACUUAUCAAUCUAUCUCAAGCAGAUAUCGAUGCAAUAAUUGCACAGGUGCCUGGUGGCAUAGCAAAUAUUCAAGAUAUUUAUGGGUUGGCACCACUACAGCACGGUAUUUUGUUCCAUCAUCUGAUGGCCAAAGAAGGAGAUCCAUAUUUAACAGUAAGCCGGCUUAGUUUUAUUGACAGAACAACACUCGAGCGUUAUACACACGCUCUACAGCAAGUGAUUAAAAGACACGAUAUCCUGCGUACUGCUUUCUUCUGGGAAGGACUCAAUGAACCUGUACAGGUGGUUCAACGCCAGGUUCCUUCGAUACUAACCGAGAUAACGUUGGAUAAUAAGUUUGAAGUAGUAUUCGAGCAGUUGAAUAACCAAUAUAAUCCACGUCACUACCGUUUAGAUUUUACACAGGCACCACUAUUGCGUUUGUUGGCUGCACAAACAUCUAAAGACAAUUGGGUGGCAGUUCAACUGAUUCAUCACAUAAUUGUUGACUUUACCACAAUGGAAAGACUACAAGCAGAAAUCCGUACAAUAUUCGACCAGCAGAGUGAAAAUCUAAGAGUUCCCACACCAUUCCGCCAAGUGGUAGCCCAAGCUCGCAUAGAAGUUAUCCAAACUGAUUAUACUCGAUUCUUCAGUGAAAUGCUCACAGAUGUUGACGAUUUAGCCUUACCAUUUGGUUUGAACCACACUGGAUGGAACCGUAUGGAUAUGAUCGAGGCGCAGUUGCAGCUGUCUCAUGAAUUGAUUGAUCUGUUAAGAGGACAUGCACGGCAUUUACGGGUCAGUCUGUCCAGUUUGUGUCAUCUGGCCUGGGCACAAGUGCUUUCUCGAGCUAGCGGUCGUGAAGCAGUAGUUUUUGGGACUGUGUUACUUGGUCGUUUACAAGCUGGCGAAGGCAACAAUAACAUCAUGGGACCGAUGAUUAAUACGCUACCCCUGCGCUUGGAUAUUGAUGAUAAGAGCGUAGAGACUGCAGUGUGUCAUACCCAUGCCCGUUUGAGUGCAUUACUAGCACACGAAUAUGCACCACUUGCGUUGGUACAACGCUGCAGUGGAGUUCCAGCUGGAUUGCCAUUGUUUAGUGCACUGAUGAACUAUCGUCAUAAGGCGAAAACAGAGCAUGUCAAUGCUUCACUUCCAGGGGUCAGAUUUUUAGGUAGUGAAGGGAGAACCAAUUACCCGUUAACCCUCUCCUUGGAUGAUAAUGAUGAUACCUUGUGCUUGUCAGUCCAAGUCGUAUCACAAGUAUCAGCAGCUCGUGUUGGUGCUUAUAUGCAACAAGCCUUGGUGUCGUUAUCCGACGCUUUAGUUAACAAGUCAAAACAAACAGUUCGAACAUUUACUGUGGUGCCACCGGAAGAGUGGAAUUUGUUGCUAAACACCUGGAACAACACCUCGGAGACCUAUCCACUUGCCCGCUGUCUACAUCAGUUAUUUGAGGCACAGGUGGAACGCGACGGACAGUCGAUCGCCGUGGAGUAUGAGGGUGAGACUCUAAGCUAUACGGAAUUAAACAGCCAAGCCAACAGACUAGCACAUUUCCUGAUCGCACAAGGUAUCAAGCCAGAUGAUCGUAUCGCACUUUGCGUCCAACGUAGUACGAAAUUGCUAGUGGCAAUGCUGGGCAUUCUUAAAGCGGGUGGCGCCUAUGUACCACUCGAUCCGAAAUACCCCAGUCAGCGGCUGACCAACAUUUUACAGAAUUCAAAUCCAAGGUGUCUUCUGGCAGACGCCGUUGGCCAAGAAGUACUCGGAAACCAUCAAAUACCAUUGAUCGACCUAAAAGAGACUUUAUCCGAAAAAUUAUCAACCCAUAAUCCAGAUUUGAUAAAGUUGGGCCUCACGCCAGUCCAUUUGGCUUACAUUAUUUAUACUUCUGGCUCAACCGGAACUCCGAAAGGGGUGAUGGUUGAACACAGAAAUGUAACAAAUUGCCUCUAUUUUAUCAAGGACGCGUUCACAUCUGAAGAUUUCAAGCACACCUCGUUUUCGACCUCUGUUAAUUUCGAUAUGUCCCUUUACGAGUGUUUCGCACCAUUAUCAAUGGGAACAACGUUGCAUAUUAUGACGGAUGCACUUGCGCUCUCUACAUCGUCAGACAUCUCCAUGCUCAGUACAAUACCUUCCGUUGUGACAACGAUACUUGAUACAGAUUGCUUACCAACGGCGCUGAAAGCUCUCCAUUUGAUUGGCGAGCCACUAAAAGCCAGCUUAAUCAAACGAAUAUUCACGCACACUCAAGUCAACGAGCUGUGUAAUCUCUAUGGCCUGACAGAAACGUCAUUCUUUUCUACGUUGCAUAGAUUUAAACGAGGCGAUGAUGUAGUUGAAACGAUAGGACGUCCGAUUGCAAACACUCGUGUAUACUUGCUUGAUGCAUAUGGUGAGCCAGUGCCAUUAGGAGCCGAAGGAGAAUUGUAUAUUAGUGGCGAUAGUGUAGCCCGUGGCUACCUGAACCGCCCUGAGCUUACCGCCGAACGUUUUCUACCUGAUCCAUUCAGUGAAACACCAGCAGCACGCAUGUACCGUACUGGUGAUCGAGCACGAUAUCUGCCUUAUGGUGAUCUGGUAUUUUUGGGACGUAUGGAUCAACAACUAAAAAUACGUGGCUUUCGAAUUGAGCCUGGCGAAAUUGAAGCUCGUCUAGUCGAAUAUCCUCAGGUUCAUGAUGCGAUAGUACAAUCUUAUGGAAAUGGAUCAGAUGCUCGUGUUGUCGCUUAUAUCGUGACUGAUCCACACACUUCAAUAGUCCAGAAUAUGAGGACAUAUUUGUCGAAAUUGCUGCCUGAUUAUAUGAUACCAACGGCUUAUAUUUGUCUACCAUCCUUGCCGCUUACACCAAAUGGUAAGCUCGACCGGCGAGCGCUACCGGCUCCAGAUGAUGUGGCUUUUGCUCUUCAACAUUAUGAAGCUCCUCUGGGUGAAAUGGAGGUAAUGUUGGCCAAUAUCUGGCGUCAACUGCUUGGCAUUGAGCAAGUCAGUCGACAUGACAACUUCUUUGCGCUUGGGGGCCACUCUUUGUUGGUCGUACGGAUGUUGGUAAAGUUGAGACAAAUUGGACUGGAUACCGCCGUACGAGAAGUAUUUGAUGCUCCAACGCUGGCCGCGUUGGCCUCGAAUAUUGACCGUUAUCAGGCAGUCACUAUUCCUCCCAAUCUCAUUGCCACAGACAGCACCGAAAUUACUCCAGAAAUGUUACCGCUUAUCAAUCUUUCUCAAGCAGAAAUUGAUGCAAUCAUCGCACAAGUUCCCGGUGGAGUAGCUAAUAUCCAAGAUAGUUAUGGAUUGACACCUUUACAGAGCGGUAUGUUGUACCAUCAUAUGAUGACCAAAGAGAGCGAUCCAUACUUGAUGAUAAUCCGUUUGGAAUUUUCUGACCAGAAAACACUUGAACAUUAUACAGACGCUCUACAACAAGUGAUAACAAGACAUGAUAUCCUUCGUACCGCCUUCUUCUGGGAAGGACUUAGUGAACCGGUACAGGUCGUUUUGCGCCAGGUUCCCUCGGUACUCACGGCAUUCACUAUAGAUGAUACCGGUGAGACGGUGCUAGAUAUGUUAAGCCAGAGCUUUGAAUCGGUUCACUACCGCGUAGACUUGGCGCAGGCACCGCUUAUGCGUUUGAUGGCUUCACCAACAUUAGAUGGGAGUUGGAUUGCGUUGCAGAUGAUGCAUCACAUUAUUAUUGACCAUUCAACACUGGAGAGACUACAGGCAGAGGUUCACAAUAUCAUGGGCGGAAAGAUUGACAAGUUGACAAUGUCCACAUCAUUCCGUAAUCUUGUAGCCCAAACUCGAAUAGGAGUUAGUCCAGUCCAAUACACACGUUUCUUUACUGAAAUACUGGGCGAUAUUGAUGAGCCAACCCUACCAUUUGGUCUGAGGGACGUUGGCCAAGACGGGACCAACAUCAAUGAAAUAGAGCUUAUUCUACCACAGAUGCUUAACAAUCAGCUACGGACGCUUGCACGAAAGCUUCAGGUUAAUCUGGCUAGCAUUUUCCACUUGGCUUUUGCACAAGUACUUUCUAAAGCUAGCGGACGUGAGGCGGUAGUCUUCGGCACUGUGAUUCUCGGACGUUUACAUUUCGGAGAGGGAAUCAAUAGUAAUAUCAUGGGACCAACGAUUAACACGCUACCAUUGCGAUUAGAUAUUGAUGAGACGAGCGUUGAGACCGCAGUACGCCUUACUCAUGCUCGAUUGAGUUCAUUGAUGGAACAUGAGCAUGCACCGCUUGUAUUGGUACAACGAUGCAGCGGAAUGCCAGUUGGUGCACCUUUAUUCAGCUCACUGAUAAACUAUCGUCAUAAGGUGAAAACAGAGCAUGUCAAUGCUUCAUUUCCAGGGGUCAGAUUUUUAGGUAGUGAAGGGAGAACUAAUUACCCGUUAACCCUCUCCUUGGAUGACAGUGAUGAUAUCUUGCACUUGUCAGUCCAAGUCGUGUUACAAGUAUCAGCAGCUCGGGUUGGUGCUUAUAUGCAACAAGCCUUGGUGUCGUUAUCCGACGCAUUAGCCAACAAGUCAAAACAACCAGUCCGAACAAUCACAGUGUUGCCACCGGAAGAGUGCACUUUGUUGCUUAACACCUGGAAUAACACCUCGGAGACCUAUCCACUUGCCCGCUGUCUACAUCAGUUAUUUGAGGCACAGGUGGAACGCGACGGACAGUCGAUCGCCGUGGAGUAUGAGGGUGAGACUCUAAGCUAUGCGGAAUUAAACAGCCAAGCCAAUAGACUAGCACAUUUCCUGAUCGCACAAGGUAUCAAGCCAGAUGAUCGUAUCGCACUUUGCGUCCAACGUAGUACGAAAUUGGUAGUGGCAAUGCUGGGCAUUCUUAAAGCGGGUGGCGCCUAUGUACCACUCGAUCCGAAAUACUCCAGUCAGCGGCUGACCAACAUUUUACAGAAUUCAAAUCCAAGGUGUCUUCUGGCAGACGCCGUUGGCCAAGAAGUACUCGGAAACCAUCAAAUACCAUUGAUCGACCUAAAAGAGACUUUAUCCGAAAAAUUAUCAACCCAUAAUCCAGAUUUGAUAAAGUUGGGCCUCACGCCAGUCCAUUUGGCUUACAUUAUUUAUACUUCUGGCUCAACCGGAACUCCGAAAGGGGUGAUGGUUGAACACAGAAAUGUAACGAAUUGCCUCUAUUUUAUCAAGGACGCGUUCACAUCUGAAGAUUUCGAGCACACCUCAUUUUCGACCUCCGUUAAUUUCGAUAUGUCCCUUUACGAGUGUUUUGCACCAUUGUCAAUGGGAACAACGUUGCAUAUUAUGACGGAUGCACUUGCGCUCUCUACAUCGUCAGACAUCUCCAUGCUCAGCACAAUACCUUCCGUUGUGACAACGAUACUUGAUACAGAUUGCUUACCAACGGCGCUGAAAGCUCUCCAUUUGAUAGGCGAGCCACUAAAAGCCAGCUUAAUCAAACGAAUAUUCACGCACACUCAAGUCAACGAGCUGUGUAAUCUCUAUGGCCUGACAGAAACGUCAUUCUUUUCUACAUUGCGUAGAUUUAAACGAGGCGAUGAUGUAGUUGAAACGAUAGGACGUCCGAUUGCGAACACUCGUGUAUACUUGCUUGAUGCAUAUGGUGAGCCAGUGCCAUUGAGAGCCGAAGGAGAAUUGUAUAUUAGUGGCGAUAGUGUAGCCCGUGGCUACCUGAACCGCCCUGAGCUUACCGCCGAACGUUUUCUACCUGAUCCAUUCAGUGAAACACCAGCAGCACGCAUGUACCGUACUGGUGAUCGAGCGCGAUAUCUGCUUAAUGGUGAUCUGGUAUUUUUGGGACGUAUGGAUCAACAACUAAAAAUACGUGGCUUUCGAAUUGAGCCUGGCGAAAUUGAAGCUCGUCUAGUCGAACAUCCUCAGGUUCAUGAUGCGAUAGUACAAUCUUAUGGAAAUGGAUCAGAUGCUCGUGUUGUCGCUUAUAUAGUGGCCGAUAGAGAUACAUCAUUGUUCCAGGAUUUGCACACUUAUCUCUCGACCUUAUUACCUCACUAUAUGAUACCAGCGGCUUAUGUGUGUCUACCAUCCUUACCACUCACACCCAAUGGCAAGUUAGACCGGCGAGCACUCCCACCUCCAGAUGAUGAGACGUUUGCCCGACAGAAGUAUGAAGCUCCACAAAAUGAAAUGGAGGAACACCUGGUCGUCAUUUGGAGUGAGUUGCUUAACAUUGAGCGCAUAAGUCGACAUGACAAUUUUUUCGAAUUGGGUGGCCAUUCUUUGCUGGUUAUGCAUCUGAGUAAUAAAGCUAGGUUCUAUAAUAUUCACAUUGAUACUCGUGAUAUAUAUUCCUUUCCAAUACUCAAAGAUUUAGCGGAACGUAUAACUAACCAUUUCAAGAGAUUGUACUCUGAUGUCGCUAUUCCAGCUCGUCAAUUUGGAAAUGAAACACCUCUAUUUCUUUUACCAGACGGCGAUGGAGGUAUCUCUUAUGCAUUCGAACUUGCCCAUGACAUAGAUAAAAAUAUUCCCAUUUAUGUCUUACCAUGGUCGUCGCCAGAGAACAUCCAGCCAUCAUCCAUCGAGGAAAUGGCUGAUGCAAUGAUUUCUCUUCUGAAGAAAAUUCAACCAAAUGGCCCUUAUGCGAUGGCUGGCUAUUCGGGUGGUGGUAUUUUAGCAUAUGAAAUAGGAAAACAACUCAUAAGCAAUGGAUGUACUGUUUCGUUCUUGGGCUUAAUCGAUACAUAUCCACCUAUUGCAAAUGUACUCACCGAAACUGAAAUAUUUGUAACAUUCUUGCUGCUUAAGUAUCCAGUUUUCAAAACGAUAAACGAUUCAAUGUGGUGGGCCCGUGUCAUGAGAUUGACUCUCAAUGAAGCAAUUGAAGAGAUCAAGAAGAUGAAUAUAUAUUCAAAAAGUUCAGAUAUUGAAUGGGAAGCAUUGUUGUCGAAACAACGUCAUAAUUACCAAAAGAUUUGUGCAGCGUUCAAAUUCGAUUCACUUUCGAUCAAUACAUGUUUAUUUAAGGCCGUAGAUUACAAUUCGUUUCAUGUUGAUAAUGAGCACUUGGACAAGUACUUUAAAAACUAUAUGGACAAUUCGAAGAAAUUGUACAGCUGUCCGAAAUUGGGCUGGGAAAAUUUUGAUUGUUCAACAGAUUUCCAUGUUAUUGCUGUAGAGGGUGAUCAUUUUACAAUGGUGAAAGAUCAAAAAAAUCGGUUUCUCCUGGGAAAACAUAUAACAAAGUCUCAUCGACAAGGACAGAACCCCCAACACGUAUUGUAAAUUCUGUACCUGAAUACAGAACGUAAGUAGGUGUAGAAAUGUGGAUCGUUUCGUUUUCUCAUCCUUUGCUAUGAUUGUCCUAUCUCACAUACAUAUGUGGUUAACUAUAGUUAUGUACGAAUUAUCUAAGUACCAUUUAAUUACCGAAGCGAUUGUUAUGCGCUUAAAGUAAGAAUAGAAUAGAACAGAUAAGGGAUAAAUACUACAAUUUGAUACAACUGUGCAAAUCAUCAAAUUCGAUACAUCGAUGCUUGCUUAUAAAAUAAAAUCGAAUUGAAUAAAAUCUAUUAUUAUUGUUUAUUUGAUUCGGUAUAAGAUUUUACAAUCAUUACACAUGCUGCCCAUAGGGACAAUUGGGUUAUACAUUUUUCUUAAUUCUAGUGUUUCAGUGAAUUAUUGCUUUAUUUUUAUUUAUUAAAUAAAUUUGUACUAUAAAGUUCUUUAAAAUCUAUAUAAUCACUCGUAUUUCGGAUUUCAUCUGGAAUUUCAUUCCACAAACCAGGACUACUAAUAUAAACAGAAGUUU